UUUUUUUUUAAACGGACCGUUAUAUUGGUUUGGAGCACCGGAACAGCAUUUCAUCGGUGUUAAUCUCCACACAAUCGACGGUGGGAUCUUUUUCUUCACGACCCCUACCGCUGACCAGAUCGAUCUGUGGCCGUUUCUUGGGUGUUGAAGAUACCAGAUCAAUAGAGAUAUGAAGAAGAAUAAAAACUUUUCACCAUCCAAACUACUCUUAUCGCAUUUAGUUUGCGGGAUCGGAUUAGCUUCAUCGUUUUACAAUUUGAUCGAUUAUCCACUUCAAACCCUCUGUUUAUUAUGGCUGGUUCAGGCCCCUGUUGUGAUUCUGGUUUACAGUUUCUUUCGGAAAGAUAAGAAUCAGAGUUCGUACUUGAAAGCUGUAGCUAGAGGUUUAUUGGGGCUUCUGGUCGGGGCGGUUGUCAAUGCGCUUGGAGCUAUUGCUUUAGGGGCGCCUGUUGGAAGUCGGUAUAUUUUAAGAACCCUCAACUGGUCUCUUCUGAUGUCUGCAUUUACUUUCGCCCCUGCAGCCUCUGUCUACGGUUCAUCUUGGGUUGAUUGGCACCGUAUAUUCGCAAAUACAAAGCUGAUUGAAAGUAUUGAUUAUAUGAUAUGUAUACCUGCAUAUGGUGCGGUAAUUGGAGCUUGGUUUGGGGCCUGGCCCAUGCCACUUGACUGGGAAAGGACGUGGCAGGAAUGGCCGAUAUGUGUAACGUAUGGAGCUAUUAUGGGGUACUUGGUAGGAAUGUUGGCUUCUUUCGGUUUUGUAGUCCGUGUUUCAAGACGACGUGUGAAGGGAGAUUAAUGGGUACAAAGAUGUAUCAAGAUUUGGUUUUGUAGUCCGUGUUUCAAGACAACGUGUGAAGGGAGAUUAAUGGGUACAAAGAUGUAUCAAGAAUUCGUUGUCCUUGAGGUGGUUGAAUUAACCCUUGUGUUUAUUCUUACCUGUAGUGGGCGAAGUUAGAAAACAGAAUACUAAUCCAGAAGAUAUGUUUCAUUUUCUGUUGUCAUGUAUUGUGAUGUUCCGAUGAAUUUACGCCUACAAGUAAGACAAGAAA